GCCGAGCCUGCGGAAGGCGGCGCCGGCGGAGGCACCUGCGAUCGGCGGCUGGGCAGGGCAUGGUGGCUCCCUGUGCACUGUGAGAGCCGAGCGGCCUCGGGGUCCGCCAUGCGUCGGCGGCCCUGACAUGGGUGCCACCGGCUCCAAAGCUCGGGGCCUAUGGCCCUUCGCCUCGGCGGCGGGGGGCGGCGGCCCGGAGGCGGCGACGGCGGGUGCUGAGCAAGCCCUGGUGCGGCCUCGAGGCCGAACCGUGCCACCCUUCGUAUUCACGCGCCGCGGCUCCAUGUUCUACGAUGAGGACGGGGAUCUGGCUCACGAGUUCUACGAGGAGACAAUCGUCACCAAGAAUGGACAGAAGCGGGCCAAGCUGAGGCGGGUGUAUAAGAAUCUAAUUCCUCAGGGCAUCGUGAAGCUGGAUCCCCCUCGCAUCCACGUGGACUUCCCCGUGGUCCUCUAUGAGGUGUGAGCCCGGGCGGUAGCAGACACAGCACCCCUGCCCCAGCAAGAGACCCCAGGCUCCCGGUGAAGACUCCAUUGAGGAGCCCAGGCUGGGGCCCACAGCCCUGAAUAAACUCCGUUGGCCCAGAACCUUCGGUUUGGACAGGGCUGUCCUGUGCUGUUGAUGGGGCAUCAGGUUGUUGUGUGUGGAACAGGUGGUGGCAGCAGCUGGCUGCCAAAGGCUGACCAUAGAGGUACCAGCAUCUCCUCCCCUGCGGGGCAUCCACUGGUCGGGAGAGCCUGGUUCCUUGCCUGGCCUGGGGGCCCAGCCCCGUUAGAAGCUACAGCACUUUACAAGCAAGAUCUGCCUUCUUCCAGCCCCUGGGCUGUCGGGGGGGCUACACCAGUGGGAACUUCCUUCCCCUCACUUCCCUCUCCCCUAGUUGGAGCAUUUCAGCCGUUUGCUACCUCGAUUCCUCCUGUGUUGGACCGGGGCUGGGGGCAGCACCAGCCCAAUUCGCCCUGCCUCCCUGCUGUUUGUUCCUGGCCUCCUUGGACAUACAGGUGGCUAGCUGUUGACAGGAAUGGGGACUGGCUGGGGAGCUUUCUCCUCCAACCAGAGCUGGACUGACCCUUCCCUGUGCAACUAGUUGCUGGCCUUUCUCUCUCACCUCUAGUAGUUGAGAGAGUACAGGCCAGGGUCAAGAGGGAUUGUAGGCACCUGUGCCUAUGGGGAGGUGCACCCACCUCUGUGUUCUGAUCUCUGCAUGGGAGGGGGAGCUGUGUUGCCACACCUGUGGUCAGGGACAAACCCCUAGUGCUGAUGCCUGGAACAAGAGCUAUGAGUAACCCGCUCCUCCCCUGUGUCCUCACCUCUUCAGGCUCAGCAAGGGAAAGUACUGGAGCCCCUUGAGAGGGACAGAAAGGAGGGGAAAGCCGGAAAAGAAAUACUGAAAAUGUGAAGGUUUGUACAUAGUCUUGUUGGGCAUGAUGUCCGGGCAGAGCCUGCUCUCUAGGGAGAUGAUUUUUUUUUUUAAUUUUUGUGUAAGCCCUGUGCUUUUAGACUGUGGGAAAUGACUUGGGGAGGGUGGCACCCAGCAUAGGAAGACUGUUGUGUUAUUUGUUCAAUUUCAAUAAAAUUAUUUGUAGAUCCUGCA